CGCACCUUGUCUUCGUACUGCGACGACGUUUCCUCUCGUAUCAGUCGUCCCCAACGACAUUGCUGGCCUCCUUUCUUUUCCUCUUCAUUCUCCAAAACACACACUCUCCGUUAUUCCAGAUUUCAUCUCCCGUCCAAGCUUAAAAUCCUCCCUUCAGAACUUCUGCAAAGCGCAUUCCGACUUCUCCCGAAUUUGAUGGAGCGAAUCCCUGCUGAUCCUGCGCUGGAGGCGCAACCCAACUUCGAAUCGGUAGCGUACCGUGGUUGGCUCAAUGCCAUGAUGGAUGGAGGGCGAAACCAGGGAGGGUGGCCAUUGCCCAGAUGACAGAGGGCUGGAGGCUAGAGCGUCAAGAGCGUAUUGACUGUUGUGCAGCAACAAGUGGAAGAUGACGCACGUGAGGCACAAGAACGCGCGGAUCGUGAGAGGGCAGAGAAGGAAUGCUGAGGAGCAGGAAUAGCAGCGCGAAGCCGAGAAGAAGAAGCCCAAGAUACAACGACUUCGAUGCCGAAACCCCCGUGGCAGAUGUCAUCAUCCCCCGUCCAUCUCAAUACGCCAUCCAGAAGAUAAAGAACAUGGAUCCAGACGGCUGUCGUGAAGUGGCCAUCACUUCUAGAUCCACCUCUGACGCAGAUGACGCCUUCGGCUUUGCGAAAGUCAAGGGUAUUGUCGCACUCAAAACGAUAGCAUCCUUCAAGGCUUCCCACAAGGCCCUACACGACCACGACUUAUCCUGGCGCCAAUUCGACUUGGCAAAGACUAGCUUCCUCAUCCACAUCGAGAAGAACGGAUGGCCAGAGAAGCACCAGCAAGCGUUAGCCCUCUUCUUCACGCUCAUCACCAAUCAUGAACACCGGAUGCGUCCACGGGGAGAAAAGACCCUACUUCGCUACGCAGGGUUCGUCCGUCGUGAGUGGCAUGAUCGGCUCGCUCAAAACCAAGGCUUCAACAUCGGCAUCUUCAACAAUGCCUUGUACAACACCUUAUCAGACGACGUCUGGGAAACCGAGCGCGACGAAAGCUUGAGAAUGGUACGUCCGUUCCUAAACCUCUAAUUCAUUGACACAAACUAACAUACAUUCCCCUCAACCCAUCCACCUUCACCCGAAUGUACUGCUUCCUCUGCCAUCUUUGCUUUCGCUUCCCCC